AUGAUCAAUGAUUCCAUGGUGAGAGAGGCCGUCAUGAAAAUUCUUAAACCAAAUCCAAAACUUGCAGAUUUCAUCAAGGUCGAAUGUAGCAGGGGAUCAUGGAAAGGGAUCAUCACUAGGUUAUGGCCCAACACAAAGUAUAUCGAUGAAAUUGUGACAGGAACAAUGUCACAAUAUAUUCCAACUGUUGAUUGUUAUAGCAGUGGUCUCCCUCUAGUUUGCACAAUGUAUGCUUCUUCUGAAUGUUACUUUGGUGUAAACCUUAGUCAUCUAUGUCAGCCAAGUGAAGUCUCUUACACCCUUAUUCCCACCAUGGCCUAUUUUGGAUUUUUACCAGUGAAUUGGAAAGAUGGAGGCACUGAUUCCCACUCUGAACCAAGACCAGAAGACCCAAAAAGUGCACCACAGAUUAGAGGAACUCACAGAUGUUAA